AUGAGUUACAUGUGUGGAAAAUUGUGUUCAGCUAUCUUGUUACAACACUUUGGAGAAACGGUUGAAAGUGUAGGAGAUUGUUUAUUUAAAAACAAUAAACAAACAGUACCUUUUAUUAUAAGCAAACUUCGUCUUCCACCAAACAAGGUUAGAGAGUCACUGUGUGUUUUGAUUAGAUUUGGAUUAGUUUCAUAUGAACAAGAAGAAAAGGAGCCUAUUCGAUAUGUACUUGAUUAUGAUAAAGUAUUAAAUAUUUUACGGUAUUCAAGAUUCAUGUUGUUUAUAAAAAAAUGCAGCGGAGAUGAAAGCGAAAUAAUGUUUGAAGAAGUGUUAAAAAAUGGAUAUGAAACCGCGUCUCAAGUUAUAAUCAGAGCGUAUGAAAAAAUAUCAAAAGUUAACAAAAUACCUUCUGUCGAGUUAUUGUAUGAGCAAUUUCAAACAAUGGUAAAAAAUCAAUUUUUGAUACGGAAUACCCCAGAAAAUAAUAAAAAUGACAAGACUUCGUCAAUCGGGAACACGGAUUUUGAUGUUCCAAAAUUAAAUUUAGAGGAAAUUCAAAAAAUUGUAGAUAAGGCAAUCAAUUCUGAGGGUAAAACUGGUUUUAGUGAUGACAAUAUCUACUGGAAAGUUAAUUUUGAUAGAUUGAUUCAAGAUUUAAGAGAUGAAAUAAUUGUAGAAACAGUCGGAAGGAUUUAUGAUAAUGAUGCUGCUGAGUUGAUGCGUCGUCUGAUUUUUUUAAUGUACACGCGGACAGCAUCUUGGGCGCCAACAUCAAAUCCAAUUCCUUUUCACGAAAUCAGAGAAGAUAUCAGAAAAUUAAAUAUUCCUAAACUUACUCAAUACCUCGAUCAAUAUUUACAAAUAAUUGUUGAAGAUUCAAGGAGAUUUGUAAAACGUGUUGGUGAUUCAGGUGGUGGACAAUUCAGUAUUGAUGUGAAAGAAAUAAUGUCUCAACUUGCUUGGGCCACUGUAGAAAAUGUUGUCUUGGAACGAUUUGGCUCCAAAGCUGCUAGGAUAUUCAGGUUGGUUCGGCAUGAAAAAUUUAUAGAAGAAGAUAAAAUUAAACAGAUUGCAAUGAUGCCUGAAAGAGAAAUUAAAGAACUGAUGUAUAUAUUGUUAGACAAAAACUAUUUACAAGUUCAAGAAGUAAAGAAGUCAACCGCUCCGACUGCUCCAAUGAAAGGGAUAUUUUUAUUACACAUUAAUUUUAACCAUGUGGUACGCAUGGUUGUUGAACAUUGCUAUCAUGCAUUGUACAAUACAAUCCUCAGGCGGAAUCAUGUUACGACUACCAAUGACUCUCUUAUGGACAAACAUUUACGUCUAGAAACAGUUUUAAGUAAUUUAGAGGCAAUGAAUGCUGACCCAGCACAAAUAGAUCAGGUCAGACUUCUAUUGACACCUGCUGAAAAAAUUCAGGUGGACAAAGUUAAAACUACCACUAAAACAUUAGGAACCGCAGAGUUAUUCAUCGAAGAUACGUUAUUUUUAUUAAAAAUGUAUUUACGUUAUCACUGA